AUGGCUUUUGUCUUCAGAAGAUGGAGGGUCUUAUUGCUUCUCAACGUUCUGGCGGUCGCAGGGUUCAUGACCUUCUGGGCCAAGUGCAACACCCGCAGCGUCCAGGCGGCUGGUCCGGAGGCUCCGGCUGACGGAAAGAGGCCCCGGGCCAACGGGACAGCGCAGGGGCCCAGCGUGAGCCACGAGGUGCUGCUGAAGAGGCUCAGCUCGCUGGAGGAUGUGGUUUACAGGCAGCUAAACGGUCUGUCCAAAUCCCUGGGCCUGAUUGAAGGCUUUGGGGGUCGGGGUAAAGGCGGCGUCGCUGCUACGCUUUCACCACUGGAGGAGAACGAUGCCAAAUACCUAAAGGAGAAGUACGGCUACAAUGCCUACCUCAGCGACAGGAUCUCUCUGGACCGGACCAUCCCGGAUCACCGGCCAAACAAAUGUAGAAAAGUCAGCUACCCCAGAGACCUCCCCCAGAUCUCCCUUAUCUUCAUUUUUGUCAACGAAGCCCUGUCAGUGAUCCUACGCUCUGUCCACUCAGCAGUCAAUCACACGCCAGCUCACUUGCUCAAAGAGAUUAUCCUGGUGGACGACAACAGCGAUGACGAGCAGCUGAAAGGACCUUUGGAGGAUUAUGUGAACAAGCGCUACCCUGGGCUUGUGAAGAUAGUAAGAAACCAGAAAAGAGAAGGACUGAUCCGGGCCAGAAUCGAAGGCUGGAAGGUGGCUACAGCAGAAGUUACUGGAUUUUUUGAUGCCCAUGUUGAGUUUACUCCCCAAUGGGCCGAGCCUGUGCUGGCCAGAAUAAAAGAGGACCAUAAGAGGAUCAUCCUGCCGUCCAUCGACAACAUCAAACAUGACACCUUCGAGGUGGAGCGUUAUGAGAACUCGGGCCACGGCUACAACUGGGAACUCUGGUGCAUGUACAUCAACCCACCUAAGCAAUGGUGGGACGAGGGUGACCUGUCUGCUCCCAUAAGGACUCCUGCAAUGAUUGGAUGCUCCUUUGUGGCUGACCGGGAUUACUUCGGGGAACUCGGUCUGCUGGACUCAGGCAUGGACGUCUACGGAGGGGAGAACAUUGAGCUGGGCAUUAGGGUUUGGCUGUGUGGCGGCAGCAUGGAGGUGCUGCCUUGUUCCAGAGUGGCUCACAUUGCUCGAAUAAAGAAACCCUACCACAGCAAUAUAGCAUUCCACACCCGGCGCAACGCUCUGCGAGUCGCCGAGGUCUGGAUGGAUGAGUACAAAUCCAAUGUGUACCUGGCCUGGAACAUCCCAAUUGAGAACCAUGGCAUUGAUUAUGGAGACGUUUCUCAGAGGGUGGCGCUGAGGAAAAGUCUGCAGUGUAAGAGCUUCCAGUGGUACCUCGACAACGUUUACCCAGAAAUGAGGAGGUACAAUAACACGGUGUUCUACGGUGAGAUCCGUAACUCCAAAGUGAGCCACUUGUGUAUGGAUCAGGGUAUGAAGGAAAACCACACAGCCACCCUUCACCCCUGCCAUGGCUGGGGUCCUCAGUUGGGACGCUACACCAAAGAGGGUCAGCUGUUCCUGGGUCCGCUGGGAAGCACCGGUGAGGACACUCGCUGUGUCGUAGACGAUCAGACCAGCAGCUUUCCCCAGCUCCUAAACUGUGACAAAGUCACCAACGCCAAGCAGAAGACAUGGGACUUCUCUCAGAAUGACUCCAUCAUAAACCGAGCUACAGGACGGUGUCUAGAGGUGGUGCCAGCCAACGUUUACUUCGGCCACCUGCUGGUUCUACAGCCCUGCUCUGGCCAGAGGUGGACCAUCAAGAACACUAUGAAGCAAUAACCAAUGGAGAGGACCUGUCUUACCCACAGUGGUCAACUGACCUUAGCGUGGCACAAGGUUGCACAAUAAAAUGGCAAGAAGUCCAUGAAAGAAAUGUUUUACUAAAUGCUCUGGGUGCCAUGAAGAUUAUUGAGACUGGAAAUUAUUUUUUAUAAAACAGAGAUUCAAAAGGACAACUGAAGCAUGAGGACUGUUUCUGUCUGAUUUAUUUUGACUUAAUGUGUUGUUAUAAAUCCUCUGUGUAAUGCUACUAAACAGUGCUCUGACAUUUAAGACUUAAGAUUCAAUCAGCCAAUAGAUUUUACCAGCAAAACGUUUUCACUGCAAAAACGAUCUAAAAAUGAUUAAAAAUGUCUUAAAUUAAGUGUAUUUACCCUUAAUUUGAGCAGGUAAAUAAGAUGAUUUGCAAAUUGAAUGAGUUUUUUUUAACUCUUAAAAUAAGAUAAUUAGAUACUGUAGUAUACACUUGAAAUCAGAAAAUAUCAUUGUUUUUUGUUAUUUUUAAUGUAAAUUGUCUUGUUCUAUCGGGAAAGUCUCACUUGCCUCCUUAAUUCAAGAAAAAAUCACUUAUUUUAAGAAAAAAAUGGCUUCUUGAGAAAAUGAAAAUUUUUUCCUUCUGUAUACUAAUUUCCAAGAAGCCUGCAUAUUUUCUGUAUUCCUGUAUUGGUUCAAAGUGGUCUUGAUGAACAGCUUGCAAAUAUUUCUGAAGAGCUUUUUUUUUGGACGUCAGUUGCCUUUUUUCUCCUUUCAGUCUUGUGACCAGCAAUAUAAAUAAAACAAUAAAGGAGGCUGAAAAAAAGCAUUUUCCAAGUGGAUAAAACUAUAUUUUAACAAUAAUCAAAUGAUUUUUAAAGAGAUAUUAGUUGUAAACCUGAGGGAUUCAUUUCUGUUAAGUGGAUAAUCAAGCAGGAAACCUUUUUGAUUUCCCACCCUGUUUUUUCCAAGUACACAGCGUCAGGUACACGUUAUUGGUAGGAAGUGAGUAAAGAAGCAACCAACGUCUAAAGUAAAAAAUUUGGCAUAAUAUCAGGAAGGCUGUAGAGCUACUAAUCAUGAUCACUUGAAGAGAAUACAACAAAGUCCAACUUCUUUAAGGCAAAUGAAGAAAUGUAACAUGGUUUAAAACUGUUUCGCAGCACUGUAUGGCUUAUAUGAGGGUAAUUUAAAAAAAAAAAUCUAUUGUCAACUUUUAAAUCUCUGCAAUACUGCAUUCCUUGUCUUGUCAUGUCCUGUAAGAUGUAAAAAAAAGGCCUUGAAUUUCUGUAACAUGCGCUGUUUAGAGUGUAAUCAGGCUUUUCUUAAAUGCCAUCAUCCGUUGUCGUCCCAGAUUUUAGUGUAAAAUAAAAACAAACAGAGCCCAUUUGUGACGAGCAUAAAAUUUAAAUAAACUGAAUAACAACCAUUAAUAAGCAAUUUUCUUUUUUAAUGGUUAAUGUCAUAAGUCGAGAGGGCUAAUGAGAUAUGUCAUUCCUUCUGGAUCCUAUAGGUAUUUAGCCAUUUUCACUGGGAGCAACCUGUAGCAACACACAGAGCAUCAUUCUCGGUUCUUCAUGCAUCUUGCAAUACAAUUUGUGUCCCUUUCCGGGAACGGGAAAGGGAGCAACCAGUAUCUGUCGUUGGCAUUUUGAAGACGUUAAAAGAUGAAAUUGAUCAAAGACAGAGAAGAGUUUGACUUAAUCAAUUUUAAUCAGUUUAGUGUUAUGGGUUUGGAUUUUGCUUCUA